AUGGCGUCGUCCACGGCCUCGCUCGCCCCCGCGGCCGCGAUGCUGGAGCGGCUGGGCCUCCGCGUCGCGCCCACCGACGCCGCCGCGGACGACCACCACCAGGCCGUCCCGGGGCUCCUCCCGCUGUGCUGCGCCGUGCAGCACUACGAGUGGGGCCGCCGCGGCGCCGACUCCCUCGUCGCGCGCCUCGCCGGCGAGGGCGGCGAGGACGGAGGACGGCCCUGCGCCGAGCUCUGGAUGGGCACGCACCCGGCCGCGCCAUCCUCGCUCGCGCCCGACGUCUCGCUCCGCGACUGGGUCGCGCGUAACCCCGCCGCGCUCGGCCGCGACGUCGCCGCGCGAUGGGGCGGCGACCUUCCCUUCCUCUUCAAGGUGCUGUCGGUGGCGAAGGCGCUGUCGAUCCAGGCGCACCCGGACCGGGAGCUCGCCGCGGCGCUGCACGCGCUGCGCCCGGCCACGUACCGCGACGCCAACCACAAGCCCGAGAUGGCCGUCGCCGUCACCGAGUUCCACGCGCUCUGCGGCUUCGCCGCCACACAGGAGCUCAAGGAAGUAUUGAGGACUGUACCCGAGGUUCAGGAAUUAGUUGGCAAAGAAGAAUCUCGGAAGCUUUUGGGUGUCAAAGAGCAAGAUGGGGGGAUUGGUGUGAGGUCGUAUCUGAAAUCAGCUUUCACCAAGUUAAUGACAGCGAGUGACGAAGCAGUUUCUGAAGCAAUUGCAAACCUUAGGACUCGCUUGAACAGUGAGAGCAAGGCUAGAAGUUUAACACAGAAGGAGCAACUUGUUUUGUCAUUGGAGAAGCAGUACCCAGGAGAUGUUGGUGUGCUGGCAGCGUUCUUCCUAAAUUUUGUUAAGCUAAAUCCGGGUGAAGCACUUUAUGUUAGUGCCAACGAACCUCAUGCAUAUCUCUCAGGGGAGUGCAUCGAAUGUAUGGCCACUUCAGACAACGUUGUCCGUGCAGGUCUAACUCCGAAAUACAGAGAUGUGCAAACUCUCUGCUCGAUGUUGACUUAUAAUCAGGCCUUCCCAGAAAUUUUGCAAGGAAUGCCUGUACAGCCUUAUGUGACUCGUUACACCCCAUCAACUGACGAAUUUGAAGUUGACCGCUACUUGCUACCUCCUGGCAAAUCAGUCACCAUGUCUCCGGUGCCUGGUCCAUCCAUAUUCAUCGUCAUGACAGGAGAAGGAGAAAUCCAGGCAGGCUUCAUGACUGACAGCGCAAAGGCAAAGGAAGGUGACGUUUUCUUUGUGCCGGCUCACACCAAGGUCAAGCUCUACACUUCGUCCCCCAGGCUAAGUUUAGCAAAGAAGGAGCAACUUGUUUUGUCAUUGGAGAAGCAGUACCCAGGAGAUGUUGGUGUUCUGGCAGCGUUCUUCCUAAAUUUUGUUAAGCUCAAUCCUGGUGAAGCACUUUAUGUUAGUGCCAACGAACCUCAUGCAUAUCUCCCAGGGAGUGCAUCGAAUUCCUUCCCGGAAAUUAAGCAAGGAAUGCCUGUACAGCCUUAUGUGACUCGUUACGCCCAAUCAACUGACGAAUUUGAAGUUGACCGCUACUUGCUACCUCCUGGCAAAUCAGUCACCAUGUCUCCGGUGCCUGGUCCAUCCAUAUUCAUCGUCAUGACAGGAGAAGGAGAAAUCCAGGCAGGCUUCAUGACUGACAGCGCAAAGGCAAAGGAAGGUGACGUUUUCUUUGUGCCGGCUCACACCAAGGUCAAGCUCUACACUUCGUCCCCCAGGUCCAUGCAGCUGUACAGGGCUGGGGUAAACAGCAGUUUCCUGAGUUGA